UAAUUUUCCAUCCUCUUACUUUUUAGUAUCUCUUGCUGCAACAGCAAUUUACUCCUAUGCAUUUCUUUUGCCAAUUAUUCUGUGGGGUUUGAUGUGGUAUCGGCAGAGUUCAAAUCGUUAUACUCUUCUUGAAAUUUUAUGUGUCUAUGGUUAUUCUCUUGCAAUUUAUGUUCCAAUAUCGAUCCUGUGGGUGAUUCAAGUGGCUUGGUUUCAGUGGAUAUUAGUAAUAAUUGGUGCUGCACUUUCGGGCACUGUACUUCUUCAGACAUUUUGGCCCAUUUUCAAAGAUGAAAACAAAAAGAUUGCUGCUGUUGUUUUAUGCUUGAUUUUACUCUUCCACGCUCUUUUAGCUGUUGGAUUUGUGACAUAUUUCUUUCAAGUUCCAAGUUUCUUCAAAAACUAUUGUACCAUCUUCUACAGUUCCUACUGAUCUACAUUCCUCAUUUCAUCAAGACGUAAGUGAUAGUCAUAUAAAAUCUCUCUCUCUUAUACAAGACCAAAAUGAAGUAAAAGCAAAAGAAAGCAAUGACAGUGAAAAAGCUAAUAAACUCUUGGAAAAAGAACAUAAUAUUAAGAAGAAGAUGACGAGUAAAAUCAGUGUCAAUGAAGUAACAUCUGUCAAAUUACCAGUGACGCCUGAAGAUGCCGAAAAGAAAUUGAAUAUAUCUGGCCACAUUGACGCCAGUAAAUAUUAAAUUUUUGCUUUGUAUUUCACUGUAUAUUAAUCUUAAGUAAAUAGUAUGAAGUAAAUAUAUAUAUGUAUGUAUAAAUGAA